CUGACACUAGUUAUGUGACAUGCUCCUGACCUCUUUUGCUGCUGUCGAGGAUGUGGGAAUUAUCUGGUGGUGCAAUCGCAUGCACUGUGGCACACUCCACAGUCUCUAGGUCAUAUGAUUUGGAAGAAAUUAGGUAUGAAAUGGAACAUAACAUAAGGAAUAGUGUUGAUGCAGACAUUGCGCGGCUGCAAAUAGAGCUGGAAGAGCUCAACAAUCAAAGACAGGACUUAGAAAUCCAAGAUCACUGCCUCCAUGAAGAGCUUCUCCAACUGAAGAGCAGAGAGGAAGAGGAGAUGCGCACUUUGCAGCCCGAACUGGGUAUUAGAGUCAAUGUGAAUCUAAAGGCUGCUCCAUCUGUGGAUCUAAACAGAGCCCUGUCUGAAAUCAGAGGCCAGUAUGAGAACCUGAUGGAGAGGAGCCUGAGGGAAAUUGAGGAUAUAUUUCUUAUCAAGAGCUCAGAGCUGAACUCAGAAGCUGAACAUCUCAAGUCCCUUAGUAAUGAGCUAGUUAACCUUAAAAGUUCCAUGCAAGCCCUGGAGAUUGAGCUGCAGACUGAGCUGAGUUUGAAAUCAGUGCUCGAGUGCUCAUUAACGGAGACCGAGACAACUUUUGGUUCCCAACUUGUCCAAUUGCAGGAUUUGAUCAAUAAUAUUGAGGCACAACUGUCACAAAUUCCAGAGAGGCAAAAUGAUGAAUACCAGGUACUCAUGGACCAGAAGACCCACCUAGAGACAGAGAUUGCCUCUUAUAAACAUCUACUGGAUGGACAUGAUAUCAGUAUCUCAUCACCAGAAACAAUUAUAGGAGGUUAAAGAAGGUCUUGGAGAAAUGUCACUAUUAAUAGUAAAAUCACUUGAAACUUGUCAACAAGGAAUGAACAAUAUUAAAAACUGACAAGCAAACAAACAUGAAAAGAAUAUCUAUGGAAAUGGUGCACUACUAUGCAUAUAAUAUAAUCUAUAUAUAUAUGUAUAUAUAUUUAUAUAUAUAUGUAUAUAGAUAUAUAGGUACACAUUAAAAUUGUUGUUAUUGGAUAUCGUAUGUAUUGGUAAAAUAUGAGAUUAAAAUUAAGAGUGUGUGACAAAA